CCGAUCACGCGGCAGAAGGUCGAGUGGGAGAAGGUGGGCGGGUAUCGUCUCGGGCAGGAUAUUUCGGGGGGGAAGGGGCGGUAAUUCGAUUCGUGGAUGUGUCUUCAGCGUGAAUGUAUUGUGUAGUGGUGUUGGUGGUCGAUAAUGGUCGAUUGUAGGGAUGGAUGGGCUAGACCGGGCCACUACAGGGGAGAUCCGAUCCGAUCAGAUAAGCGCGCGUGCGAACCGAACCAGCCACCUUUCCUGAUUCCUCUGCCGGUGCUGUCCGACCCAACCAACCCCAAUUAAAUGGCUGGUACCUCCGUAUAGCGGUACAUAAAGAUACCCCCGUCCAUCUAUCCCUAAUAUAUCCCUUGUUCUACACAGUACAGCAGCACAUAAUUUAGUACAUAACCCACCCCCAUCCCUCCACAACAGAAUAACGGAGAAAAAGGGAGAAAAAGAAGGAGAAAAAGAAGGAGAAAGAAAAUGCUCACCCACCUCUCCCGCUUCACGCGCACCACCCCGGGGCUGGAAAAAACCCUCCGUCUGUUCCAGUCGUUUUGCGUUCUGGCUCUCCAGCUGGAUCUGCAUCUGGAUGCUGUUGUUGUGGCGAGGUGUGGGGUCGCGAGGUCUCAGUUGGCGUUGACAAGACGCUUCCUCCGCUUCUUCAACUUCAUCGACUGUUUUAAUAAGGCGUUUGCGCUGGUGGGGGGCAGUAGCCGCAGCGUGAGCCUUAGCCCUGGCAAGCAGACGAAAGGGUUGGGUUCGAGCUCGGCCUCAGGUUCAACCGCAGGGUUCAAAUCCGCCCUCGAGAUCUGUAAAUGGGGCUGUUUCGGGCUGUAUUUCCUUUUGGAGGAUGUUACGUUGCUCCACGCCACAGGCAUCUACCCCCUCCCGUCCCCACUCAACAAGACCGUCUUGACGGAGGCGAAUAAAUUCUGGUUCUAUGCCCUGGUUUUCUCUCUCCUUGGGGCGUGGUGGGGGGUUCUUUUUCCCACCACCUCCUCCUCGCCUGGUUCCUCUUCAAAAGGGACAAAGAGUGGAAAGAAAGCGAAGAGCAGUGAGAAAAAGCGCUCGCCCUCUGCUCCAUUGGUAUCAGUAUCAUCCACUCGGUUGGAUGUAUGGGCUGUCUUCAAGAGAGUGUUGGUUGAUGCAUGCGAUCUGCUCAUUCCCGGGAUGUUUCUGGGAUGGGUAGAUGUGAGUGAGCUGGGGGUGGGCGUGGGGAUGGUGGUUAGUACGGUUGUUUCGGGGUGGGAGAUUUGGAAGACUGUCUGAUUGAGGACAUGUAUGAUUACGUGGUUUGGGG